AUGGGACCGAGAUUCACGUGUGAUUCACGCGUGAAAGGCGACAAAACGGAAUGGGACCUACUGUACGUCUCCUUCACUGACCGUUACGUCUCCUUCUCUGACCGUUACAUCUCCUUUUCUGACCGUUACGUCUCCUUCUCUGACCGUUACGUCUCCUUCUCUGACCGUUACGUCUCCUUCUCUGACUGUUACGUCUCCUUCACUGUCCGUUACGUCUCCUUUUCUGACCGUUACGUCUCCUUCUCUGACCGUUACGUCUCCUUCACUGUCCGUUACGUCUCCUUUUCUGACCGGUACGUCUCCUUCUCUGACCGUUACGUCUCCUUCUUUGACCGUUACGUCUCCUUCACUGACCGUUACGUUUCCUUCUAA